GAAUGUGCAUCUGAGCUUCAGUUCUUCAAGCUUGCAACUUCAGUCCCUCUACCGCAAUUGUGGACUUCAACACUCUUUUCUAGCUCCACAAACGAGCAUCGUUUGCUUCUCUACUCCAGUGUACGGACGAUCCAACAUCUGCUGUCGAGGGCGCAUACGGCUUCUGGACAUGAUGCUGGCCACGUCGGCAGUCCGUGGCACCCCGUUGAGGGCAGCUGCACGAAACAUUGUCCGCAAGACAACGACGCGUACCGCAUCUUCGACUUCCACCGAGGCCGUCUCAUCUCCUUUCUACCUCACAGCGGGCGCCUCCGCCGCAACCCUAGCUACGAUCGGCUCGAUCGCUUGGUACUAUCAUCUUUACGGCCGAGAUGUUUUCGCCAUGACACCAGCAGAGGAGGGUUUGCACCCGACACAGUACCCGUGGGAGCACGCGAAGUGGACGAAGACUUUUGACCAUGCAGCUCUUCGAAGAGGUUUCCAGGUCUACCAAGAAGUUUGCGCCUCAUGCCACUCUCUUAAGCGUAUCCCAUAUCGAGCUUUGGUUGGAACGUUUAUGACGGUCGAUGAAGCCAAGGCUCUGGCAGAACAGAACGAAUACGACACCGAACCCAACGACGAGGGCGAAAUCGAGAAAAGACCCGGAAAGCUGUCGGAUUAUAUCCCGGCCCCGUACAAGAACGACGAAGCCGCGCGUGCUGCCAACAACGGUGCUUUGCCUCCGGAUCUGUCACUUAUGGUCAAGGCCCGACACGGCGGCUGCAACUACAUUUUCAGCUUGUUGACCGGCUACCCCGAAGAGCCACCCGCUGGCGCCACUGUUCAAUCAGGCUUGAACUUCAACCCUUACUUCCCUGGAACCGGUAUUGCAAUGGCGCGAGUGCUGUAUGAUGGCCUGGUGGAAUAUGAAGAUGGCACCCCGGCUACGACCUCCCAGAUGGCCAAGGACGUGGUCGAAUUCCUCAACUGGACUGCGGAACCCGAGAUGGACGACCGCAAGAAAAUGGGUAUCAAGGUUCUCAUCAUCGGCACGGCCCUACUAGCUUUGAGCGGCUGGGUUAAGCGAUACAAGUGGACUCCUAUCAAGAACAGAAAAAUCGUGUACAAUCCUCCUGUUGGGCGUGGGGCUCCUCCCCGGCCGUGAUGACGGUAUAGCAAAUGGAGAUGGAGAUGAAGGCGCUCGGUCAAGUGGGCAAGAACUCGUCAUAUUCCCAGUUGGUGAGACGAUCGGUGCUUGUUUUGUAAAGAAUGGAGACAUACAAAUUUCAUUAAAAUUGAACGUUUGUAAUUUUACCCAAAGCGAGUCCGAUCGCAUUGCUGUCCGUGUUUUCCAUUCUCGAAACCCAGGGGUAUCUGCAUUUCCCAUCCAUAGCGAAUUUCCCGAAUUCUACAAUUCCCAAGUGCCGUCAUUUUAAAUAACCAUCAUGUAAGCCGAACAAUCAAUGCUUCCAGAGCUUCAC